CAGGCUAUGUUCAGACAUCUGUACUGCUCAAAAGUUCUAUCACGAUGAACUAUACAAAAUGCACCCGCACAAUGAAAUUAAAGUUCAGUUAAAAUGUCUGUUAUGCUCUUACAUUAAAUUUGUGCCUAUUUAUAUACUAUGGAAACAUUUGAAGAUGUUUUUUCAGUUGAGACCCUAAACAGCUAAGAGAGAAAGCAUGGAAAAAAAGAGGGGGAGGACACAUUUGAUAUUUGGUGAGAUAUAGAAUCAAGGCUAAGGGGGGUCUUUCAGUUAUCUGACUUAAAUGAGUCAGUCAUCUUUUGACGUGACAUAUAGCCUGAGACACACUUCAUGUAGAAUCAUUUGGAGCAGGCAUCCACCGCUGAAUACUUUCUGGCUGUUGCAUUGAAGCACUCGGGGGUAUGAAGAUGAUGCAGUCCAUGUCAGGAGUCCUUCUGACUCUCUUCCUCUCUUUUCACUUCUUGCUCUGUCACUCACAGAAUUGUGACAGGAACACACAGUAUGAACGUGACGGCAGAAUGUGCUGCAUGUGUAAACCAGGUGAACGCUUGAAGAAACACUGUACAGCUUCCAGCCCAACCAGCUGUGAGCGGUGUGAACAGGGCUUCUACUCCAAGCAGUAUGAUACGGAAUUUACAUGCCGCAAAUGCCAUGACUGCAGCAUGAUCCAUUUGAAGUAUACAAGACACUGCUCAGGCACUGACAAUGCAGUGUGUGAAUGUAAACCUGGGUACCGUUGCAAAGCUCAACCAUGCCUGAGUUGUGAAGAAAUACCUACUCUGGUGGUGGAAAAAAACACAACUAUCAGAGAGGCACCACGGCAUAGUUCUGAAGGAGGAGUGACACCUAGCAACCCACACAAGGAAGAAGUAUCCUCAGAAAGUAGAGUGGAGCCUACCAGUAAAGGGCCCCUCCCCAGCGUGAGGCCCUCUGAUAUUACUCUAUUAGUGUGUUGUUGCACCCUGCUGAUCUGUGUCAUUCUCGUCUCCAGAAACAAAUAUGUGUUACGAUGGAUCUGGAGAACAACUAAGGGGUACUGGGUCGCAAAUGAGACAGCAGCACCGAAUCAGUGCACGGAAGAGGAGGGGAAAAUUCCCGUUCAGGAAGUGUGUAAAAAGCUGGAGGUGCAGGAGAACAUGUAUUCAUGAUGGACAGACACAGAUGGCUGGCGGUCAUUUUAACAUGACGAAGAACAAGUGGCAAUUGGUGGAGUACAUUGAGGGCAUCAAAAUACAAACUGAGAUUAAAAUGUACCGUCACAGAUACAGGAAGUGGGAGAGGAGGAAGGAAGGGAGCAAAGAACAGAAGUGAGAAAAAGACAUGAUGAAAAAUUACACUGCUGAGUGUGCACACUGGUGCAUACACCAAGUACACACACACACACACACAAACACACAUACAGUACAUACGCAUGCAUGCACACACACAUACAGUACACACACACACACAGAUAUGCACGCACGCAUGCACACACAAUUACAAAUGCACGGACGCACGCACGCAUGCACACAAUACUUGUGAACACAUUAAUUUGGGCUGGAAUAGCCUAUGAUGACAUUUAAUUCAAAUAUAUAUUCAAAAAGUUGAAAACAGAAUUAAAUAUUCUUUAAAUAAAUAUAAUUGGAAUAUUAAACAACUAAACAUGCACUGAUAAAGUACUGACAGUAUAUACAGCUUGUUUUCACUGAUAUAUAGUCGUUCCAUCAUGUUGAAACACAACAAAACACUCUACAUAGACAACAAUGUACAAGGGAUUUAUUAGAAAUAAAAAAUAAAUACACUUUUAAUUUAAUUGUCACUUCUCCUUCGGUUGACAAUAGAUCUCCUCCUCUUUUGACAAGUGACUCUCUUUCCCUUGUUCCUGCAACGGAAAGAAAAUACAGUCUUUCUGUGCGUCCCUCUCCUCUUCCGACAGGUGGACAGGAGGAGAAGGGGGUGGAGGGAUAUCCUCUUUCUGUGUUUUCACUCCCUCUGUCUCCCCCUCUGGGUUUGUAAAGUGGUUCAGCAGACUGACAAAUACCGCUCCUGCACUGUAUAUGUGGAAUGGGCCUAGAGGAGAUGGACAGGGCACCGUUACACCAUUGCCAUUUUCAGUAUCCAGGGCAACUCACAGCACACAUGAUAUAAAAUGCAGUAACAAACAUACUAUUAUGAAGGUCAUACAAUUUUACACUUGUAUCUGUGCCUUCGGUUCUGUUGUUGUUUCUCUGAACCAUUUUUGUCUGUAAAAAUGUGCUCAAAAUAGUUCUUGACCAAGAGUGGGAAUGACAUUAUGUGAUCAUCAGUAAAUUAAAAUAAAGUAUACAAGCCAAAAAAGAAAAAA